AUGAGCUCCGUCGACGACCUCGUUGCCUCCCUUAACGCGAACCAUAUCGGCCAGGAAGCAAUGGAGCUCGCUGCUCUCCAGGCGCAACUCCAGCAGGCCCUCCUCUCCCAACAAAUGGCCCAUAACGCCUCCCGAAGCGGUCCACUGAACUCACCAGUCAUGCGUACGCCAUCUGCGAGCAUCUCUUUGGACCCCUCCGAGGCCGCAUGUAUGAGGCACAACAGCGUCUCCAGCACCAAGAUGAGGUGCUCCAUCGACGAGACCCCAGAGUCGGACGACAUGGACGAGGAUGAGCGCAUGGUCGAGGACCUCCUCCUCGCUUCCCCCGCAUCUCCGUCGACCUCCUCAGCGCCUUUCUCCCGUACGCCACAGUCGUCAGUGUCAGGUGUGUCGCACUCCCCCGCACAUCGCCCCCGCAAAACGAGCCUCUCGGUGCACAUGAUACCCCUCGACCACUCCCACCACGAGCUCCCCUCUCCCAACACCUCCCUUUUCACCACCACCGACCCCUUCUACCUCGCUUCGCUGCAGAAUGCGCACAGCCACGCGCCAUCGUCGUCGGUGUUCGCGCAAGCGGGCCGUCCGUCCGCCCACUCGCCCUUCCUCAAACACCACAUGUCGUACAGCUCCUUCGGCCACGGAUACCAGUCCGUGGCACCCGACCACCAGCCGCAUCACAACAUGUUCGCGGCUACUGCGGCAGCGUUCUCUUCAUGA